AAAAGUCACGUAUUUCCUAGUUGAGAGAGAUCCGGUCGGAGGUCCAGCCUGCGGCGCAGACAUGAGCUCUCUACAGUUUAACGCCGUUUUACUGGAGAUUUCGAACCAGCUGUCAGCCCAGCAGCUGGAGGACCUGAAGUUCAUGUGUCGAGACGUGAUCGGGAAAAGAGACCAAGAAAAGAUCAACAGCGGACUGAAGCUGUUCCAGUAUCUGACGGAGAGAGGCAAACUUGGGGAGGCGAACACGGAGUAUCUGUCCGAUCUCCUCCAAAAGGUUCACCGACAGGAUCUCGCAGACAGAAUUGGAGCUCCGUAUGACCCUAUCGUCAAAGAACCGGGCGAGGCGGAGAGAGCCAAACUGGACAUCGCCACGGAGGUGAUUGCAGAAAAUUUGGGAAAGACUUGGCGUAAACUGGGCCGCAAACUGGGUUUGAAGGACGUCAAGCUGGACUCCAUCCACAGGAGGCAUCCCACGGAGCUGGAGGAGACGGUGGUGGAGCUACUGAGGGAGUGGAGGAAGAGUCGAGGAGCCGAGGCCCGAGUAGAGGAGUUGAUAAAAGCCCUGAGGGACUGUCAGUACAACCUGACUGCUGAUAAAGUGGAGGACAAACUGAGACAGACAGCCCUUGCAGAUUGAUGAGAGAUUUACAGAUCAAAUGAGACUGAGAUGAACUCUGGGAAAUAAAAAUCAAGAGCUGUGAUUUAAAGGAAUCAACUAUCAAAAUUGUUAUAUUUCGAUUUAUGAAAAAAAAUCAUCUUUGUGUAAUAAAUGGAUUUGAAAGAAAUGAACUGGUUUAUAUAUCCACAGGUGAUGGACAUGUUUACCAUUUCUCAACAGCAUCAAAAACUUCUUAUCCACAUGUCUGCCUACAGUUUUAUACUGAAAUAUUUUUUUCUACAUUAUAUUAAGAUGCAAAUUGAUGGUGAGGUCAAAUGAACUAUUAUUAUUUCUGGACUUUUGAAGGGAAUAAGCUGGAAGACAGUCCGCCCCAUGUGAAACAAAGGCUGUAUGUGUGUGUGUGUGCAAUAUCACCAAUUAAAAGUCCAGUGAAAAUGA